AAAAUGGCCAAUUUUCAUAAAGGGGAAAAUUCUGUGACAAAGACCUGUCACCUAUUUAGCAGCCGUUAUUAAUGUCAAGCUUCCAACUUUGAUGAACUUGCCGGCAAAACUUUUAAAGUCUUAUCCAUGAAUUUCUUCGAAAUAUUGAAGAUGCAAAGGAUUAAAUCAAGUGAGCUGCCGCCACCGCCGCCUCCACCGCCCGUGUGGUGGAUAGAGACCUCCGAUUCAGUGUCCCACCGCUUCCAAUUCGAACCCGAUGGCCAAUUUUCUGUAAAGAUGGUUGAAGACAUGAGACCUGCCUCCCGGAGGGUGGUCGAAUCCUUUCUUAAUAAAUUCUUUCCAUCAGGUUAUCCGUAUAGUGUGAAUGAAGGCUAUCUUAGAUAUACACAGUUUCGUGCCUUGCAACACUUCUCCAGCGCAACACUGUCUGUAUUAUCGACUCAGUCGCUGCUAUUUGCUGCAGGCUUGCGACCUACACCCGCUCAGGCUACAGCUGUUAGUUGGAUAUUAAAAGAUGGGAUGCAGCAUGUGGGAAAGCUCAUAUGCAGCAAUUUGGGCGCAAGAAUGGACUCCGAGCCUAAAUGUUGGAGGAUAUUGGCUGAUGUUCUUUACGACUUUGGCACUGGUCUCGAAGUAAUUUCCCCUUUAUGUCCGCAGUUGUUUCUUGAAAUGGCCGGGCUUGGUAAUUUUGCUAAGGGAAUGGCAGUUGUUGCAGCAAGAGCAACGAGGUUGCCCAUAUAUUCUUCAUUCGCUAAAGAGGGAAAUCUCAGUGACCUCUUCGCAAAAGGUGAAGCUAUUUCUACACUGUUUAAUGUUCUCGGAAUUGGAGCAGGUAUUCAGUUAGCAUCUACUGUUUGCUCGUCUACACAGGGCAAGCUGGUGGUUGGACCUCUCCUGUCUGCGUUUCACAUUUAUUGUGUUAGAGAAGAGAUGCGAGCAACUCCUGUCAACACUCUAAACCCACAGAGAACUGCAAUGAUUGUAGCCGAAUUCUUGAAGAGUGGCAGAAUAUCGAGCCCAGCCGAUCUCAGGUAUCAAGAAGACCUCUUGUUCCCAGGCCGACUCAUAGAGGAGGCGGGGAGUGUUAGGGUGGGAAGGCCUCUGCACGACACCAUCAAGCCCUCAGAGCUACACGGGGUGAGGGAAAAAUUUGGUAACGAGAGAUUCAUUCUACAGCGCAGAUCCAGAUGGACAGACAUGAUACUGGAGCGCAGUGCGAGUGGUGAAGAUGCUCUGAGGGGAUGGCUCGUUGCUGCAUACGCCGCUGAUAUUGAGAAGAAGUCCAACGAGCCUACCGAGAAGGCGCUGAUGGAGGCUUACGAGAGAAUGAGCGUUGUGUUUGCUCCUUUUCUCUCUCAGCUGCAAGCCAGAGGUUGGCAUACUGAUCGCUUUCUUGAUGGGAAUGGAUGUCGUUUUGCUUUCUAGUCUGAUCUGCUAUUGCGCUCUGUUUUUUUGUUACUUUGUGAGGUAGUAUGGAUUCUCUCGUUUAAACACACAAUUAUUUCUAAAAUUAGCUCAUCUGAGUAUCUGCUUUCGUUA